AUGUCUCAUCUUCAUCUAGUUUUGGAAAUCUUUGCGUUAUGCACCAUAUUUUUUGUGCAUCAAGGCCUGGCAGAUCAACUUACUCUGAAUACCCGUGAGUUUGCCGUACAUUUGACGGAUGAUAAUGACAAGGGAUACUAUGGAAUAUCUGCUAACAUGGAUGUGUAUGGACACAAUAUUAAUGUCGGACAACUGUCAGCGGGUGCAAUUUGGAUUCAUAACUGGGAAGGUGAUGUUAACAAAAAACUCAAUACAAUUAUUGUUGGUUGGGUGGUUUGGCCAUAUCGAUUUAAUGACUCGCGUACUCACCUUUUUACAGUUUGGACAAAAGAUAAUCAUCAAAGUACAGGGUGUGUCAACCUCGAUUGUCCUGGCUUUAAACUCGUGAAGGGGUCCACCAUAUCUCCUGGUGAUAUCAUAAGUCCUGUCUCCGGUAUCAAUAGGAAACGCCAAACGAUUACUAUUAGAGUGUCCAAGGAAAGUUCAAGUGGGGACUGGUGGUUGUACUAUGGCAUCAACGGUGUCCCAAUUCUAGUAGGUUACUUCCCAGCAUCACUAUUUGACAGCUUAUCUACAAAAGCCACUCAAAUCUCAAUUGGAGGGCAUGUUCGAAGUACUAGAAAUACUAUAGCUCCUCCUAUGGGAAGUGGAGCCUUUGCCUCUAACCCUGGUCAAGCUGCAUCUAUCCAUGAUAUCUGGCUCAUCCACAAGGAUGGUAGAAGCACCCCAAUUGGCAAUGAUGCACGCAGUAAAGUUACAGAUGGCAAGCUCUACUCUGCUUCACCCAUAGGAAGAGCUCAAUUCUUUUAUGGAGGCCUGGAAGGGAAAUCUUAG